GACGCCGCGCCGUGUGACGCGCUGUACGCAUCGAUCCUGCGAUGCUCGCUAUCGCUAGUUACUCUCGCUAAUUCGUGAUGAUGGUUCGACGCAGCGGCAGGUACACCACCUGGCGUGGAUUUAAAGAUUUCACACUUGGAAAACCACCGGACGAAGAAAAAGAAAAGCCAAAACCAGAGGACGACCUAUCGAACCAUGAUGAAAUAUUCUUGAAAAGUAUCGUUGAAAGUCCGGAUUUCGGGCGAAAAAGUGAGCUCAUCGAAUCAGAGGAGGACCUGGUCGUAAAACCCGUAUCGUUGGAUAACGUAAACAUAAUACGGUUGCUGAGCGAGUAUCGUGGCACCAACAUAAGAACUAUUGAGCAAGCGGAACUCGCUAUAUUGCUAUCCAGAAUACAUUUUAAGGCUUUAAUAGAUGCUCAUGAUGCAAUAGGUGCCUUGUGGCUUCAAAGAGGAUCUGGCAUUGAAGAGCCACCUGCUAAACAGGACAAAGACACUGCAGAAGGUGCGGAAAGUAGCCCCGAGGAAAACGGAGAUAUGCCUGUAGAGACAGUCAAAGUUGUAGGCCUUAGGAAAGUGCCUGGACAACCUUUAGGGUUAACGGUCACAACAGACGAGCAUGGCCAACUCAUAGUAGCUAGAAUAUUAGCCAGCAGUGCCGCAGCCAAACAAGCCUUACUCUCCAUAGGAGAUGUCUUGCUAGAAGUAGAUGGAGUACAAGUAGAUACUGAAGAGCAGCUCAAAGAGGCAGUGUCCAAGCCUAACGAUAGAGUAACAUUAAAAGUGGGGCCUAACCUUAAGGAGAAAAGUUCCCAGUUAACAAAUAAGCUUAGUUGCUAUAUGAGAGCUCUGUUUGACUAUAAUCCGAAGGAGGACACACUAUUACCAUGUAAAGAAAUUGGAUUGGAAUUCAAAAAGGGUGAUAUUUUACAAGUGUCAGACAGAAAAGACCCCAACUGGUGGCAAGCGAGUCACGUAGAAAACCCUGAUGUAGUAGGUCUAAUACCCUCUCCGGAACUUGAGGAAAGAAGAAAAGCGUAUGUGCCGCCUGAAGCAGACUUCGUUCAUAAAAUUAGCAUAUGUGGAGCUAGGAUAUCUAAAAAGAAGAAAAAGUUCGUAUACGAGUCCCGCUCAAGCGUGCAGCUGGAAGGCGCAGAAUUAGCGCUGUAUGAAGAAGUAGCGCGAACUCCGCCGUUCUUACGGCGCGUGUUAGCGCUAGUGGGCACACACGGCGUGGGACGACGCACGCUCAAGAACCGCAUGAUCCACGAACACCCCGACCGCUUCGGAGCCGUUGUACCACAUACCUCCCGUCCGCCCCGGCCGCUAGAAGAGAACGGCACGUCAUACUGGUUUGUGUCGCGCGAGGAGAUGGAACGGGACGCGCACGCGGGCCGCUUCCUCGAGUACGGGGAGCAUAAUGGGCAUAUUUACGGGACUCACUUGGACUCCAUCAGAGCAGUUAUUAAAGAGGGCAAGAUGUGUAUCCUGGACUGCGCACCGGCGUCGCUGAAGCUGUUGCACAACAGCAGCGAGUUCCUGCCCUACGUGGUGCUGGUGGCCGCGCCCGGCAUCGAGCAGCUGAGGAACCUCACCUUCGCCUCCAACCGCAAUCUGACGUUCGACCGGCAGAGCUCCAUUCGCUUUAGCUCGCGCCGCGCGCGCACGCUAGAGUCCCUCGCUUCGCUCUACGAGGAAGAAGACAUGAAGCAAACGCUAGAAGAGAGCGCCCGGAUACAGCGCCAGAACGAGAAGUACAUCGACCUCGUGUUAACCAACCACAACAACGACACGACUUACUCGCGCAUCAUGGACGCGCUGCACACGCUCUCUACCGACCACCAGUGGGUGCCCGUCAGCUGGAUAUACUAACACACUUCGCUGUACGAUCCAACACGAAGUGUCCGUUAGCCCUUACAGUUUAGCAAACGUUAGAAGAGAGCGGAUACAGCGCCAGAACGAGAAGUACAUAGACCUCGUGAUAACCAACCACAACAACGACACAACUUACUCGCGCAUUGUGGACGCGCUGCACACGCUCUCUACCGACCACCAGUGGGUGCCCGUUACCGUUAGUGUCCGUUAGACUUUAAGUUUAGCAAACGUUAGAAGUGAACGGAUACAGCGACAGAACGAGAAGUACGUCAAUCACAACAACUACACGAGUUACUCGCUCAUCAUGGACACGCUGCACACGCAAGAGCUUUCUGGGGCCCAUUUCUCGGACGGUAUUAGACUAAUAAUAUUAGUCCACGAACUGUCAAAUCGUAUGGGUUACCAUGGCAACACACUAAUAAUAUUAGACUAAGACCGUUCGAGUAAUGGGCCCCUGGUUAUUGCUAACUGCAAGGGUGACACUUCGUUAUGUGCGUCAAAUAUAUGUUUACAUUUUUACCCUUAUUACAAGGAGUAUUAAUCGUUGGCGUUCAUUUGACGUCGCCUGUUAGAAGAACUUGUUGUUUAGUCAGUUGCGUCAUCUACGAGUUGCCAGAAAUAGUGUUACAGAUAAAAGUCAAAUUGCCAUCGCCAGGCACGUUGUUUAAAUGGGUCGCUUCUUCACUUACCAUACAGCACACUUCUUCCGAUUUCCUGAGCGACACAGACUUACGGCCAAAUCACGCAAGCUGUCUGAUUAAUUACAAGAAUGGUCGUAUUCGAAACUCCAUGGAUAAUAAAAUACAUCGGUCGGUCGGUCGUGUACGUCGUAAUAAAUAACCAUACCUAGUAUAAAUGGGGGUUUAGUCAAAUACUCAAAAUGGCUUAACCUUUUCGACGCCGUGUCACAGAAAAGCUGACACUCAGGCGCCACGUCACCGAAGUGUCAAAACUGAAGUUGAACUUUAUGCAUAUGCACGUAGGUCUACGUUGCUCUGUUCUGUGACGGAUUAAUUUGGACCUACGGUGCGGAUAUAUCCGUCGUUGGCGUCAAAGGUUAAAUAUGUAAUCGUUUUUAUGAAGAUGGCUUACUAAUCAGGCUCAAUAGGUUUAUAAAUUUACAUACCAGGUCUUUACUCUUUAAUCCGCUAGUUCUCCAUAUACCUUAACGAUUUAUAUAAGCACUUACGGUGGUACUCAAAAGGUAUAAUGGAAACUAGACUAGGCAACUUUAUUAUUUUUGCUUUUUACCAUUUUUAUUUAACCGAACUAUGCUUUUUAGUAGGAAAUUAGAAUAGUAUAAAAUUAAUUUGUAUUAGGUUAAGUCAUACCUACAUCACAGGUUGUAUGUAGUUAUAUUUUAAGGAUGAAAUCUCGAUUUUAAUUAAGUUUUAAGAAGUAUCUCUAAUUAUACGCUCGUAUAUUCUUUUUCCAUAAAGAAUAUCAAAACAGUAUUCUGUGAAAUGUAUUAUUUUAUCGAAUAUAUUAUACCGUUGCUUAAAACGCGGGUAUUUACCAUGAAAUCCUAGAAAAGGAUAUAUUAAUUGAAUUCGUACUGCAGGCUUAGUGCAGUUGUAAUCUACUAGUUAAUUUUGUAAUAACUACUAAAACACAAGGUGAUAAAGCUCUAUCACCUGUUUUGUGCCACGCGUUAACUUUUUAAUACUAAAAUAUAUUAGGUGAAGUCAUUCCAGUGAUCUACAACAAUCCUCUCUUUACUAACACAUAUUGUUACCACAUGCUAUGCUGUACACCUAAAUAUGCUGUAAUAUUUCUGAACUUUUUCCUUCCAUAGCCUCACCAUUGAAAGUGUUCAAAAUUAAAUGUCCCACCUAACAACCAUAUUUUAAUUUGUGUUCUCUAAAAAGAGAUAUUUUAGGUGUAGACGUAGUUUAAAUUCUAAUUUACAAUGCUCUAAUAAUAAGUUUCGCAUAAAAAGUAUUCUUCAAGUAUUCAUUGAGUUAGAAGUAACAAUUUACAAAGACAACAUCACAAGACACGUCCGCAUAAUCUUUGUACGAAGAUAAUGUGGUUUGUAACCAACUGUAUUUUUGAGGCCUGAAAUUUAAACCUGACAUGAAGAUUUGACCAGUGUCAUGGACGCAUUGGACAACUCUUAGCACACCGUGUUUAUCUUGGAUUUUAAAAGUCUCUAUCAAGUAGUGUACAUGAGGGACAAGAUCCUUGCGUUAAGCGGUGUGGUUUAUGUUGUUAAUUGCAUGUGUGCUAAAUAUGCUAUUACUAUUUGGUUGGUAUUGUCAAUGUGCCCGAACUUUGGUCACUUCUUCAAUCAUGUUUCACGGCCUAACAUGUGUUUUAAUAAUGUACCUACUUUUAUAUCACAUACUUAAAUAUAAGCUAACAUUUAUUAAACUAGCUGAUACUUCAUUUAGAAUCUCACAUUCCGUCCAUUUUUGUUUUGUUAUUUAGCUAUAAAUUUUAUUGUAUCAAGAUUUAUUCAAUAUACAUUAUGUAAUUUG